CGGGCGGGCUACAGCCGGCGCGGGGCCGACGGCUCGUGCCGCGCCGACGGCUCGGUCACGCUGGUGUGGGGCGGCCCGCUGACCGUGCUGGUGGACACGGGGGGCCCGUGGCUCCGGCCGCGCCUGCCGGGGCUACUGGCGGCGCAGGGCGUGAGCCCCGAGGCCGUCACGCACGUGGUGGUCACCCACGGGCACUCGGACCACGCGGGCAACCUGAACCUGUUCCCGCGAGCCACGCUGCUGGUGGGCUUCGACCUGAGCCGCGGCGAGGGGCUCUACUUGCCCAACGGGCUAGCCCGGGGCGAGCCCCUGGAGCUGCACCCCGGGCACCUGCGGGUGACCCCCACGCCGGGCCACACGCGGGCCCACGUCAGCCUGGUGGCGCUGGGCACGGCGCUGGGCACGGUGGCGGUGGCCGGGGACGCGUUCGAGCGGCGCGAGGACGAGGAGGAGUGGGGGGCGCUGAGCGAGGACCCCGCGGAGCAGCGGCGCAGCCGGGGCGCGCUGCUGGCCGCCGCCGACGUCGUGGUGCCCGGGCACGGCCCGCCCUUCCGCGUGCUGCGGGAGCGCCGGCGGCGCGAGGAGGAGGAGGAGGAGGAGGAGGAAGAGGAGGAGGAGGAGGAGGAUGAAGAGGAGGAGAAAAAGGAGGAGGAAGAGGAGGAGGAGGAGGAGGAAGAAGAGGAGGAGGAAGAGGAGGAGGAUGAAGGUGUCACCUUUGGACAUGAAGAUAUGGAGGAGGAGGAAGAGAAAGAGAAGGAGAUAAAGGAGGAGGAAGAGGAGGAGGAUGAAGAUGUCACCUUUGGAUGUGGGGAUGAGGACGAGGAAGAGAAAAAGGAGGAAGAGGAGGAAGAGAAGGAGGAGGAAGGUGUCACCUUUGGACAUGAAGAUAUGGAGGAGGAGGAAGAGAAAGAGAAGGAGAUAAAGGAGGAGGAAGAGGAGGAGGAUGAAGAUGUCACCUUUGGACGUGGGGAUGAGGACGAGGAAGAGAAAGAGAAGGAGAAAAAGGAGGAAGAGGAGGAGGAUGAAGGUGUCACCUCUGGAUGUGGAGAUAAGGAGGAAGAGAAAGAGAAAAAGAAGGAGGAAGAGGAAGAGAAGCAGGAGGAAGGUGUCACCUUUGGACGUGGGGACAACGAGGAGGAAGAGGAGGAGGAGGAAGGUGUCACCUCUGGAUGCGGAGAUAAGGAGGAGGAGGAAGAGAGAGAGAAGGAGAAAAAGGAGGAGGAGGAAGAGGAAAAGGAGAAAAAGGAGGAGGAGGAUGAAGGUGACACCUCUGGACGUGAGGACCACGAGGAGGAGGAGGAGGAGGAGAAGAAGAAGGAGGAGGAGGAGAAGAGGAAGAAGGAGAUGGAGGAUGAAGGUGACACCUCUGGACAUGGGGACAAUGAGGGGGAGGAGGAGGAUGAAGGUGUCACCCCUGGACGGGGACAGCGCCCAGGAGGAAGAGGAGGAAGAUGAAGAUGUCACCCCCUGGGCACAGGGACAAGGCUGGAGGAGGCGCCUCGUCCAAUCACGUCUCUCAGCGGCCGGGACCGGAACCAAUCAGAGCUCGGGAAAUAAAAUCGCUCCGGAGCGGGCAAGGAGCGAGCUCCCAGUUCAUCCCAGUUCAUCCCAGUUCAUCCCAGUUCAUCCCAGCCAGCUGUGCACCGUGCUCUUCGUGCUCGCCCUCCGCUC